AUUUCGUCUUUAAAUACGGACACUAGACCAGAGGCCUACCUGUAACCUGUUCGUCCAGCUCCAAAGUCUCAGGCGCACGCGCACUGACAGCAGCAGACAGGGCGAGCAUGGCGGCGGCGGCGAACAACGGCGGCGAGGGCGGCGACGGCUUCGACGUGAUCGUGGUGGGGGCCGGGAUCAUGGGCAGCUGCGCGGCGUACGCGGCGUCGACCCGCGGCGGCGCGCGCGUGCUGCUCCUGGAGCGGUUCGACCUGCUCCACCACCGGGGCUCGUCGCACGGCGAGUCCCGCACCAUCCGCGCCACGUACCCGCAGGCGCACUACCCGCCCAUGGUCCGCCUCGCCGCGCGCCUCUGGGACGACGCCCAGCGCGACGCCGGCUACCGCGUGCUCACCCCGACGCCGCACCUCGACAUGGGCCCCCGCGCCGACCCCGCGCUCCGCGCCUCCAUCGUGAACGGCGCCGCCACCGAGGUCGCCUCCGACGCGGCGGCGCCGUGGCCGUGGUCCGGGGUGUUCAGGCUGCCCGAGGGGUGGACGGCGGCGACGAGCGAGAUCGGCGGCGUGAUGAAGGCGACCAAGGCGGUGGCCAUGUUCCAGUCGCUCGCCGCCAAGAACGGCGCCGUCGUGCGGGACAGGACGGAGGUUGUCGGCAUCGCCAAGCAAGGAGACGGAUCGAUCGUGGUGAAGACAUCGAGCGGCGAGGAGUUCCAUGGCGCCAAGUGCAUCAUCACGGUGGGCGCCUGGGCCAGCAAGCUGGUGAGGUCGGUCGCCGGCGUCGACCUGCCGGUGCAGCCGCUGCACACGCUCAUCUGCUACUGGCGGGCGAGGCCCGGCCGCGAGCACGAGCUCACGCCGGAGUCCGGCUUCCCGACGUUCGCCAGCUACGGCGACCCGUACAUCUACAGCACGCCGUCGAUGGAGUUCCCGGGGCUGAUCAAGGUGGCCGCCCACGGCGGCCCGCCGUGCGACCCGGACCGCCGGGACUGGCUCGCCGGCGCCGGCGCCGGCCUGGUCGAGCCGGUGGCGCGGUGGAUCGACGAGGUCAUGCCGGGCCACGUCGACACCGCCGGCGGGCCGGUCAUCCGGCAGCCGUGCAUGUACUCCAUGACCCCCGACGAGGACUUCAUCAUCGACUUCGUCGGCGGGGAGCUCGGGAAGGACGUCGUGGUCGGCGCCGGGUUCUCCGGCCAUGGCUUCAAGAUGGGGCCCGCCGUCGGGAGGAUCCUCGCCGAGAUGGCCUUGGACGGCGAGGCCAGGACGGCGGCGGAGGCCGGAGUAGAGCUCCGGCAUUUCAGGAUUGGGCGUUUCGAGGACAAUCCAGAGGGAAAUCUCGCGGAAAAUAAGGUCAAAAAUUAGGUCCUCACAGGUAUGGUCGCCUGCGAAAAUUGGUGCAACGUGUGAAAUGUGGUUAUCAGUAGGGGGUUUGUUUACCGUAAAUCUAUUGAACAUUGUAUUUCAUAACUUCUAUGUGUGCUUUAUACUCUUGGAUAUUGGUAGAUUGUAAUAAUUUGCAUCUUCUCUGUCCUUGUGUAUAAGAUUCAAAAUAAAGUUGUUCUGUUGCAUUUCUUCA